AUCCCUAUAUCAGUUUUGCAAUUUUUCCUUGUGUUGAUUCAUUCUCAGGUGACCAAAUUGGUUUGUUCAUUUGAGUGAUGUGCUUACAUUAGUUACAUGAAUCCUCUCUAAUCAACUCCUGUAAACCCUAAUUCCAAUUUCACCAAAAAUGGCGUACAGAUUGAUCUCUCGCAGAUAUUCUUCUAGUCUCAUAAAACCCUCUCAUUUCAUCACCCAAAAACCCCAAAUCUCCAUUUUGCAUUCCCAAACAAUUACAGACUCAAAACCCACAAAUCAUAAUCUCAAUUUUAUUAGGGUUUACUUAAGUUCUGCAGCCGAAUCGACGACUCAUGACUCAAUUGACAAAAAGCCCCGAUCUUUGAUCAAUUUGACCGAUUUGAAUCAAACCCAGUUGAUAAAUCAAAAACCCAGAUAUUUUUCAAGCUCAGAUUCGGAUAAAUCCCCAAACCCAAGUGAGUACCCAAGCAAAACCCCCAAUUUCAAGCACCAAGAAAUAGAAGGACCAACAGUAGAGAGAGAUUUGUCAGCUUUAGCCAAUGAAACCAGAGAAGUACUAGAAAAAAUGAUGAAGAGCAUUUAUGGUUUCAGCAAGGUUAUAGCUGUACUUGGAUUGGUUCAACUUGGAGUUGGAGGUUGGAUUUCUUAUAUUACUAAAGAAAAUCCAAUGCUAGAAGUGUCGAUUCAAAGCUUUGCGGCUUUCGGGUUCCCUUUUACGUUGGCGUUUCUGUUGAGACAAUCGUUGAAACCGAUGCAUUUUCUUAAGAAAAUGGAGGAGCUUGGCAGGUUACAGAUUUUGACUCUUGCUCUUCAAGUUGCUAAAAAUUUGAAUACUUUGUUUGUUAGAGCUCGCAUUGUUUCUGUUGUGUGUGUUGCUGGGAUGUCACUUGGACUGUUGUUUAAUUUGGUGCAAAGAUUAGUUUAAGUGUUGAUUGUUUACGACAUUUUGUUAUGAUACGUUGUUCUUUUUGAGAUUCUAUCGAAUAACUCUUAUGAAUUGA